AUGGCAUUGCCAGCACAGGAUACCACCGGUAGACUCAAAAAUGUGACGAUCGUCAAGCCGCUAGUCUACGGUAACAUUGCUCGUUAUUUUGGCAAGAAGAGAGAUGAUGACGGACAUACCCACCAGUGGACAGUGUAUGUCAAACCAUACAGGAAUGAGGAUAUGUCAGCAUAUGUCAAAAAAAUCAACUUUAAAUUGCACGACAGCUACCCCAACCCAAACCGAGUGGUAAGCAAGCCACCGUAUGAAGUUACGGAAACUGGAUGGGGGGAGUUUGAAAUUAUCAUCAAGAUUUACUUCAACGACCCGGCAGAACGGCCAGUGACAAUUUAUCAUCUCCUCAAGCUGUUCCAGAGUGAGACGGACGUCAUGUUGGGCAAGAAAUCCUUGGUUGUUGAGUACUACGAUGAGAUAGUGUUCCAGGACCCGACACUCACCUUACACUCCAUGCUGUCCAACACACCAGCUCUGACCAUCGGCCCUUACAAGCACGAGACAGACUUUGAAGAGAAAAGGGAGCGGACACAGAACAAAAUCCUCAAUGCUCACAGCAAGAUCCGCUGUGAGAUCGACCAGCUCAAUGAGAAACUCAAGAAAUCCAAGGAUGCCAUCGCCAGGAUGAAGAAGGACAUUGGCAAACUGGAGGAGGGCUUGACCAUUGAAGCUGACGUUCAUCCAACCUAG